AGUUAAAUACGACAUUGCACCAACUCGUCAUUCACUGCUGGCAGAGGCUAAACAAACGGAGACAUGUACUGGACAGACGUGUUUUAUCACCCCGGGUGGGUUUUUUCCACGGCGCUGCUGGCUUUCGUUGUUCGGCUGCAAAGGAAAGGAAGCUGGGAUCCACGCGCGUGCACAGUGAAGCUAACGGGGAAGACUGCUAUAGUAACAGGAGCCAACACAGGGAUCGGGAAAUUCAUUGCCUUGGACUUUGCACAGCGUGGAGCCCGUGUUAUCCUGGCUUGCCGAAGUGAGUCCCGGGGGAUGGCGGCUCUCAAAGAAAUCAGGAAGAAAUCCGGAAACCCUGACGUCCAUCUGCGCCUGGUGGAUGUGUCAUCCAUGGAGUCUGUCAGAAAGUUUGCCAAGGAGAUUCUUGAGGAGGAAAAGGCUCUCCACAUCCUCGUUAACAAUGCUGGAGUAUCAGGUUUACCCAGGCAGAUAACCAAAGAGGGAUUAGACAUGACUUUUGCCACCAAUCACCUGGGACCAUUUCUUCUCACCAACCUUCUGCUGGACCUGAUGAAGAAUUCAGCUCCGUCACGAAUCGUCACCGUCAGCUCAGUUAACCAUAAGAGAGGAGAAGUGGACUUCUCUCAUUUUCAUGGGGAGAACCUGACCUAUCAUAUGGAUACAGUCUACAACCACACAAAGCUGCACAAUAUCAUCUGUACCAAUGAGCUAGCAUGCAGGCUUAAAGGAACCGGUGUCACUGCAAAUUCUGUCCAUCCUGGUAUUGUCAUGACAGAAGUGAUGAGACACUAUCCAUUUAUUAUUCAGCUCAUUUUCAACAUUAUUGGAUUUUUCUUCUUUAAGUCUCCACAGGAGGGUGCCGUCAGCUCGAUUUACUGCGCCGUGGCGGAGGAAACAGAUGGGAUUACUGGGAAGUAUUUUGACUGUGACUGCUCCAUGGUGCUCCCCGCCCCUUUAGCGCGAGAUACUGCUCUGGCGGUCAAGGACUUUGAGAUAUGUGAGAGAGUAACAUCAAAGCUCUGAAAAGGCUAUCGGCCCAGUCGGGGCAGCAUUACGAAGAAAAAGGGGUCAAAUUCCGACGUCUUACUGCACUUGUUGAGAGAAUAACUGUGACAUAAUUUAGCCCUUAAAGUGGUGAGGGAUGGUUCAUUAAAAUGUCUUAUGGGAAAUUGUAAGGGCAUUUGAAGUCGUGUGUAUUUGUAUUUUGACAAUUGUUCUUUUCUACUUUGGUCUGAAUUACAGGCUGUAUAUGGUGUAUCACCUUAUAUAAGAGUAUUUUUAUGGCAGCAGUAAUCAUAGGAAGUAAUGUCACUUUUGAGCCUGUUUUAUAAGACAAUUCUGACUGCUGCUUAAAUGGUGGGUUUUCUGAGAGCAAUGCUGACACCGUGUGGCCAGCUGGAGCUGGCAUUCCUCUUCAGAGACAAACAAAGAAGCUCCAUUAAGUUUAACAAUAACCUUUCUUUAUUACAUGAUUCAGUAAAACCAACACAAUAAAACAUUUAAGUAUUCA